UGGAAACGCAGCACACCAGUGUGACCUCUGACCGGCGGAAGUAAACAGAACCAUUUAAACGCGUGAAGUGGGAUCUGUAGAAUAUGUUUAUUUUUAUGUGCAGUAUUUACCUUAUUUACCUAACGUAACCAUUUUUUAUAAAGGAGGAUAUAUUUUUGCGGGUGACUUUAAAAGGUUGUCCAAUCAGAAACUGUUUGUAUUUAACGUGAAUCUCGACUAUAGAGAUUAUAAACAAACAGCACGCUAGCUACCUUCCCUGCUGUGAUACUGCAAUGAAUUCUUCACCGACCAGAGACACGUCUUUCCUAAACGCAGACGAAGCGUCUGCUAUCGAGACGGCAGUCAGGACGGCGGUCAUGUCCAUCCUGAAGGUUUUCUGCGACGUCAGUGAGAAGAGGUCGCACUGCUAUGAGGCGAAGUUAGCCGAGGCGCAGAGAGAAAACGCAGCGCUCAGGUUUCGCUUAAAAGCAGCCGAGCGCGAGCUGCAGACCUUACGUCACAUCUCUCCUUCUGAUUACAAAAUCUCAGCUGAGGUGAGCUUGAGUACCCAUGACUUCAGCACAGAUGUUAGUGAAGAAAGAGGAGAGGAAGCGGCAUGUUUCCAGAGCGAUGCCAGCCUGGUGAUCAAGGAAGAGCCUUCUUACGAGAGCACGUUGUGUUUAAAGACUGAAACGGCAGAGGAGACAUUUGCAGCAGAGUGUGAUUAUCCUGUGAAGGACAAUGUCCAGAUGUGCCAACAACAGUCUCCAGCUGCAGAGAUGUGGAACAUGCAACAUCUGCAAACAUUCAGUUCAGCAAGAUCCAGCCUUAACCAGACCAGAGAGAAGUGGAUGUCUGGUGAUGUUCUUCUGGGAAAACUGAAAAGCAGGGAGUGCGUGAGAAGAUACAGAGAAAGGAUCCGUGCUGACCCAGAAAAGUACCACGCCUGGAAGGAGAAGGAACGCUUGAGGUCUCUCCGCAGGAGAAAAAGAAUACAGGAUCUCCCCGAACCCAUGCAGACGCUGCAGAGGAAAGCCUGGAGAGAAGCUACGAGGCGGCACCGCGCAAGAAAGAUGGCACAAGCAACUCUUGCUGCUACAGAUAUGACCCAAACACUCAACCCGUGACGACUACACUAUUUAUUUUUGCUCCAGUCAGUAAUCUCGGGCAAAAAAUGCCCUAAAUUGUAUAUGUAUAUAUUUCCACUAUAAUCAUGAAGUGCAUACUUUCAGUUAAGUCAUUAAGUAUCUGAUUAUUUUUAUCAUGUAUGAGUUAAAAGGCGAAUCCGAAUAAGAAUAUUUUCUUGGUGUUUGGACACAACACGGUACGUUCAAGACACACAUCUUGGACAACACAACACAAUUGCCAUCCUAAUAUACAAUAUUGCACCUUAAGCUGAAAUGGUAGGCUCAGUUGUAAUUUCCGUUACAGUGGAGGUAGAAAUAACAGCUGGAUGCAGUUCAUUAAACGGAGUGGAACAAUUGUGAUAUAUAAUAAAUAAUAGCAAUGAUUGCUUGUUACUGGCAGGUCAGCAGUGUAGUGAUUACUGAAUGCUGCCUAGCCAGCCUGGUUAAUAACAGCUUUCCUGAUGGUAGUUUUUGGAAGAGGUAAUUAGCAGGGUGGGAGGUGUCACUGAUGAUUUUUCCUGCUAGCCUCUUUGUUCUGGUGAUGUACAGGUCUUCAAGUGAUGACGGACUGCAGCCGAUGAUUUUCUCAGCGGUCUCGAUAGUCCGUUGCAGCUCCCUCUUUUCUCUGUUUGUCAGUGGGGAGGGGGAAGAUGUGCAUCUCUGUGGUUUUAAGAGCAUUGAGCUCGAUGUUGUUCUGACUACACCAGGAGGCUAGUUGUUGAACCUCCUGGUGGUACUCUGACUCAUCACCAUUGGUGAUGAGACCAAUCACAGUAAUGUCACCUGCAAAUUUGAUCAACUUCACAGAUGUAUCACUGGAAAAUGCAGACAAACAGUUAUUAAAAAACUGAUGGUAUUUACUUACUUACUUUAAUUUAUUGGCCACAAAUGGAAAUUUGUCUUUGGCUUCACAACACAUUAUAACAAGACCAAUACAAUAAAAGACACUUACACAACAACUCUAAAAGGUAAGAUAGAAUAAAAUACCAUACAACUGAUAACUGAUGGUAUUAUGUUCAUUUGUCAAUUCUAUGCAUUUAAACAUGUGGUGGUGGUUUAACAUGCCAAGAUUGCAUAAAAUACAGAAAUAAAGCUAUAUUACCAUU